AUGUGCGAGGGUCCCUCCAUGAUAUCUGGGCCCAUACCCCCAGAUCACACCCUUUUCCCCGAAUUCUACAAACGUCCCGUCUCUGGUAAGAUAGCUAACAUGUACAGCUUUUUUUUUUUAAAUCCCAAUAAUUGUUGGUUCAACAUGUCACCCAGUGUCUUACUGUUCAUUGUCUUCCUUACUUCCUUACACUCCCAUCCUUCUAUGGAUGAAUCUUAUCCCAGCUAGGGGUCGUCUGGAGGGGAACGCUGAUGGGACUCCAGCCUUUCUCUCUGGUCCCCUUACCUUGGACCCUGUGUUGUACUCAGGCUGCUACAGCACCCCUAACGCCACACACAUCCUGGAGAGGGGCAAGAGAGGGGUGGUGGGGGCCCUGCUCAAACUGGAGGGGAUCUCCCUCUUUCCCAACUCCUCAAAGCACUGUAAGUCCAACGCCUAA